AGAUGGCGGAGUCGGUGGGGAGGGAGAGGCGGAGGCGGGUCCGGAUCGAAUAGAGCAAAGCCUUUACAGGACUCCUAGAAAAUCUCUCAAAGACAGGACAAAUGAGGAGCUAUGACGAGUGAAAACCAUAGUACCAUAAAGGGAGACUCGGGCAUGAUCAUGUCCCCGACUGGGUCCUCAGCCCAAGCACCACCUCUCACGCCCACCACCAGCAAAGCCAUCCAGGACUUGCCAGAGGAGCUGGUUCAGGCUGGAUGGGCAAAAUGCUGGAGCAAGAGGGAGAAUCGGCCAUACUAUUUUAACCGGUUUACCAACCAGUCUUUGUGGGAGAUGCCGGUCCUGGGGCAGCAUGAUGUCAUCUCUGAUCCACUCGGCCUCAACGCAGCUCCUGCCUCAGGUGAUGGCGCAGGUGAGGCCGGACUGGGCAAUGGACAGCGUAAGAGACGUCCCUCAGAGGACACCUCCUUGGGGGCUCCAAACAGCUUUAAGAGGCCAAAGGUUGAGAUUCCUGUGACUCCGUCCACUCCCACAAUUCCAAUAUCACCAAGCACCCCUGGUGCAAAGCCCUGGAACUCCACUGUAGAUGAAAAACCAGCCCAGCCUAGCACCCCUGCUCCUGCCCCCGCCCCGUACCGGCCUUCUGUAAUUUACUGGGAUCUGGACAUCCAGACCAACGCAGUAAUUAAGGAGCGGGCUCCGUUUAACUACCUCCCUCCUCAUCCGGAGAUUGAGCUGCAGCGUGCCCAGCUGACCACGAAACUCCGCCAGCACUACCACGAGCUGUGUUACCAGCGUGAAGGGAUUGAGCCGCCGCGGGAGUCUUUCAAUCGCUGGCUGUUGGAGAGGAAGGUGUUGGAUAAAGGAGUGGACCCCCUGCUACCCAGCGAGUGUGAACCCGUUAUCUCACCCUCCAUGUUCAGAGAGGUCAUGAACGACAUCCCCAUCAGGCUCUCGCGCAUUAAGUACAAGGAGGAGGCCAGGAAGCUGUUAUUCAAGUAUGCAGAGGCAGCCAAGAAAAUGAUCGAUUCCAGAAACGCCACACCAGACAGUAGAAAAGUUGUAAAGUGGAACGUUGAAGAUACAAUGAACUGGCUCAGGAGAGAUCACUCUGCCAGUAAAGAAGACUACAUGGAUCGUCUAGAACACUUGCGGAAGCAGUGUGGUCCUCAUGUGACGGCUGUAGCUAAGGACUCCGUGGAGGGGAUUUGCACUAAAAUUUACCACAUCUCAGCCGAGUAUGUACGCCGAAUCCGCCAGGCGCACCUGAACCUGCUGAAGGAUUGUAACAUUACAGUGGAUGGGGCAGACACAGCAGAAGUGCAGGACCGGUUAGUAUAUUGCUACCCAGUUCGACUGUCAAUUCCGUCGCCACAGCAGCCCCGCGUUGAGCUCCACUUUGAGAACGACAUCGCCUGUCUGCGCUACAAAGGAGAAAUGGUGAAAGUCAACCGUAGCUACUUUAAUAAACUGGAGCUCCUUUACCGGUACAGCUGUAUCGAUGAUCCUAGGUUUGAGAAGUUUCUGUCACGUGUGUGGUGCCUUAUAAAGAGAUACCAGGUGAUGUUUGGAUCUGGUGUGAACGAAGGGAGUGGCCUACAGGGAGCACUUCCUGUGCCAGUGUUCGAGGCGCUCAACAAACAGUUCGGAGUCAGUUUCGAGUGCUUUGCCUCGCCGCUUAACUGCUACUUUAAGCAGUUCUGCUCAGCCUUUCCUGACAUUGAUGGUUUCUUUGGCUCUCGAGGGCCAUUUCUAAGCUUUUCACCGGUCAGUGGCUCAUUUGAAGCCAAUCCUCCAUUCUGUGAGGAGCUCAUGGAUGCCAUGGUCACACACUUUGAAGACCUCCUAGAGAACUCUAAUGAGCCUCUGUCUUUCAUUAUCUUUGUUCCUGAAUGGCGUGAUCCUCUGACCCCAGCACUGACACGGAUGGAGACGAGUCGCUUCCGCAGGCACCAGAUGUCAGUGCCAGCCUUUGAGCACGAAUACCGCAGUGGCUCUCAGCAUAUCUGCAAAAGAGAGGAGAUGUACUACAAAGCCGUCCAUGGAACAGCAGUCAUCUUCCUGCAGAACAACGCCGGCUUUGCUAAAUGGGAACCAACCAGUGAGAGAAUUCAGGAGCUGCUGGCGGCAUAUAAGACUUCAGGACGCUCACUGUCCUCCCCUGGACCUUCUUCUUCUUCUUCCUCCUCCUCUUCCAGUAGUGGAGAUAGAGACUCCAAACCGAGCUAUGAGCGCUCCACGAGCCAGGAAGCCCCUGGAGGUCAUGAAAGUAGCAGCCCUGCACCUGAAACAUCAAACAUUUAAGUGUGUGUAUAUCUAUAUAAAUAUAUAUCUAUAUUUGUGUGUGUGUGCGUGUGUGAGGGAGGGAGAGAGGGAGAGAAGGGGAGUGUGUUUGGGUGGACAGUGACUGACCGCAUGAUUUACGUCAGUUCCUGAGAGAGAAUGAGGAGAGAAAGAGUUAAAGAGAAAAGAUUAAUUUACUUUUCUCAGUCUCUAAUAUUUAAAGAAAUAUUAUGGGUUUUAUUAUUAAUGUUGUCAUAGUUAUUGAGUUGUUUUUUUUUUUUUCGUUUUUUUUAACUGAUUAUUUGGUCACUAAAUGCAUUUUGUUGUUGCUGUUGUCAUUUGAGAUGUGGUUAUUCUACUUGGGUCCUGUUUUAUUUUGGCCUUUUUAACUUUGUGCUUUGCUCCGUGGCAGAGUUGUCUAUCUGUCAGGUAAAGAAAGCAAAAAUGGACGAUGGUAUCUCUCUUGUGCUUUUUUUUUUUUUUUUCAAGUCAUUUUACUUAUAUGGCAACAGACGGGAGAUGAUGAAUCCGUGAGUGGGCAGCUACGUUCCUAAGCCCUUAACAUGCUCAUACAUUACAGAGUAGUAGUAAGCCUUGUACAUACAGAUUAGCUGUGCUAGAGCCAAUUUAUUUUGUGCUGGAGAGACUCAUUGAAGUACCCAUACCAGCCUUAGUGGUCCCUCUUCUGAAACAAAGCACUGAAGAUGACAAAAACUCACCUGGGAGUUUGUUCGAAGUGGUUCCUUUUAGUUGGGGUUCAGGAUACAAAGGAGUAUAAGGGCAAAAAAAAAAAAAAAAAAGAGGAUAGUUGAGCAUUUUUUUCGCAGACAAAACUUGUCAAAUACUUCUAAACUGGGUUCAACGUGUUAUAGUUUCACUUUUAUUUUUUUGUUCUUAAAAUGUGCACAAAGGAUGAAGAUGAAUCCAGUUGUUUCUGUUUACUUAUCCAUAGGAAAACAGUACAGUAUGUGCUUUCAGAAAGGUUUAGUACCAUUGACUGUGAUAAACAUGAUAGUGAUUUGAGUACAAUAUUUUUUUUGUCUGAAUUCUCAAAGUUCCAUGUGGUUAGUAUAACUUCCAUCCUUAAUUAUUCAGUCCUUUCCAAUGUCUCAGUAAAAAUUACCAGAGAAAGCAAUAGGUGAAGCUAAAAGCAUACACGUUAUGUGUAUAUGUGAUAUUGCAUUUUAGCAAUACUUCUGUCCUGCCAUACUAUAGAAUUGGUCCCACUGUCUUAAUUUGAGUUUUAGAAAUAUCAUUACUAAACGCCUUUUUUUCUUUCUGUGGUUACAAAUAUGUUUGUAAUUGUGUAUUUACUCCAAAAUGAGAUUAAACCUGAUCACUGGGCAGCAUAAUGAAUGUAAAUUAACACACACA